AGGGAAAUGUUGAAACCCUUUAACCACAAGAUAAUCCUGUAUCAAUCAGUUGCCAAGUAAACAGUUUAAAGAUUGACACUUGCACAAUUGAAUAUUGAUUAAUAAAAAUGAUGAUAAAAGUAAAAGAGUGGUGAUUGUAGGUGAUGCCAUUCUCGAAACAUCGAGGCUCAAAGUUUUAAGGCUAAUGGCCAAAAUCAAGAGAACUACUCAUAAACUGAAAAAAGUUGCAUCAACAUGGAUCAAGCAUUCAGUUCAAAUUGUCCCAUCAACACGAUUUCACUGGUAAAAUGUCUCUUCAAUUGUAUCACACCACUUUCUCUCCACCAUCCAGAGUUGUCCGAAUCAUAGUAAAACAACUUGGAAUCAAUGCCGAAGAAAAAGAAGUCAGUUUAUUGACUGGUGAACAUAUGAAACCAGAAUUUCUCAGUGUUGACGAUGGAUUCGCACUUUGGGAAAGUCGCUCCAUCAUCACCUACCUUGUGGACAAACUUGCUCCUGGAAACUCAAUUUAUCCAACUGAAUUACAAGCUCGAGCAAUAGUCAACCGUUGGUUAUUCUGGGAUGCAGGAAUAAUUUUCAAAAUGAUCAACCGUCGAUUCCCUUCAAUCCGAACACCAUUUGGUUGUUAUUAA